CACAUGGGAUAAAACACGGCUCACAGGCGAAGCUCAUAAUCAGGCAAACUAACACAAGGAAUGGGUUUAUGCUCAACCAGAGAAGCAUGAAGGCAACACAGAGACUGAGUGGUGAACAGCAACACAUCAAUAGACAGGAGACGGCAACAAGUCGCCACACAAGACGGUGUUCGACGCCUGAACCUCGAAGCCACGCCCCUCCCUGCCGUUGUAAUCAAUUAUGUCCAAUUAAGGCGACGGCCAAUCAAAACGGAAGAAGCCGCGACAAUCUACUUUCGCUUCCCUCAGGGACCUGUCCGGAGAUAGAGAGGAGAAGCCACAAAGCCACGUGAGGGGAGGAGGAAGAGGAAGAAGAGGAGGAGGGGUGAGGUGGGACAUAAUUUUCUGUAGGCGUAUGAAAUGAGCAUCUACAUCGAUCUUGAGCAGAGGACCGAGACGCCUGAGGACAGCUGCAGAGACACAAGAGGACCCGGACAUGAAGAACGAGGUGGAAAUGAAGUCCGCAGAGAAACACGAACUAAACGGAGACGCGGGAGGUAUGGAUAAUGAUGACUUCGAUAAGAAGAAGAAGAAGAAGAAGAAAGAAAAGGAGCCAAAGUUGCCCAUGGUCGGCCCCAUCGCUCUGUUCAGGUUUGCAGACAACUUGGACCUUCUGAUGAUCUUUGUUGGGGGGUUGAUGGCCAUUGCCAAUGGCUUAGUGCUUCCUCUCAUGUGCAUAGUCUUUGGAGACAUGACAGACAGCUUUAUUUCGGACGCUGCGAUGGGCUACAACGCAAGCAACCCAAAUGCCACAAACCCCACGAACAGCACCUUAGAAGAGGACAUGACAGUCUUUUCCAUUUACUACUCCAUAAUGGGAGCUGGUGUGCUGGUCGCAGCCUACCUGCAGGUGUCGUUGUGGACCCUGGCAGCCGGGCGGCAGGUCAGACGCAUCCGCACCUUAUUUUUCCACCGCAUCAUGCAGCAGGACAUCGGCUGGUUUGAUGUCAAUGAGACGGGAGAGCUCAACACACGUCUCACAGAUGAUGUCUAUAAGAUCCAAGAGGGCAUUGGCGACAAGGUGGGGAUGCUGGUCCAGGGUUUCUCCACCUUUAUCACGUCCUUUGUCAUCGGCUUCAUCAAAGGCUGGAAGCUCACUCUCGUCAUCCUGGCUGUAAGCCCCGCACUGGGCGUUUCAGCCGCACUUUUCAGUAAGGUGCUGACGAGCUUCACCACUAAAGAGCAGUCUGCGUACGCCAAAGCCGGCGCUGUGGCAGAAGAGGUGCUCUCCUCCAUCAGGACUGUGUUCGCAUUCAGUGGCCAAGAGAAAGAGAUUGAGAGAUACCACAAGAACUUGGAGGAUGCCAAGAGGAUGGGAAUAAAGAAGGCCGUCUCUUCUAACAUUGCCAUGGGAUUCACCUUCCUGAUGAUCUACCUGUCCUAUGCUCUUGCCUUCUGGUAUGGCAGUACGCUCAUCUUAAGUGGAGAGUACACCAUCGGAACUGUUCUCACCGUGUUCUUUGUUGUGCUUAUUGGAGCAUUUACGAUGGGACAGACCUCUCCCAACAUCCAGACCUUUGCCAGUGCCCGGGGAGCUGCAUAUAAAGUGUACAACAUCAUUGAUAAUAACCCAGCCAUCGACAGCUAUUCAGAGUCCGGCUUCAAACCCGACGUCAUCAAAGGAAACAUAGAGUUCAAGAACAUUGACUUCAGCUACCCCUCAAGGCCGGACAUCAAAAUAUUACGCAACUUGUGUCUGAGUGUGAAGAGUGGACAGACCAUUGCCUUAGUGGGCAGCAGUGGGUGUGGAAAAAGCACCACGAUUCAGCUGCUGCAGAGGUUCUAUGAUCCCCAAGAAGGAUCUGUGUGCAUUGAUGGUCACGAUAUCCGUUCACUAAACGUCCGCUACCUGAGAGAGAUGAUAGGGGUGGUCAGCCAGGAGCCCAUCCUUUUCGCCACCACCAUCUCUGAGAACAUCAGAUAUGGCCGACCUGACGUGACGCAAGAAGAGAUCGUACAAGCUGCCAAAGAAGCAAACGCUUACAACUUCAUUAUGAACCUUCCUGACAAGUUUGAAACACUGGUUGGAGACCGGGGGACUCAGAUGAGUGGAGGGCAGAAGCAGCGGAUCGCCAUCGCUCGAGCUUUAGUCCGCAACCCCAAAAUCCUUCUGUUGGACGAAGCCACAUCUGCUCUUGAUGCUGAGAGUGAGACGAUUGUGCAAGCUGCACUCGAUAAGGUUCGACUGGGUCGUACCACGCUGGUUGUGGCCCACCGCCUCUCAACCAUCAGAAAUGCUGAUGUCAUUGCCGGCUUCCAGGGAGGGGAAGUUGUAGAGCUGGGCACUCACAGCGAGCUGAUGGAAACACGGGGAGUCUACCAUACACUGGUCACCAUGCAGACCUUUCAGAAGGUUGAGGAGGAGGAGAAGGAGGAGGAGGAGGAGGAAAAGGCAGAACACGAUUCCUAUGUGGGCGAGAAGAGCCCGUCGGCCAAGUCUGAGACUUCGCUGUUCAGGAGGAAGUCAGGAAGAGGUGCCUCUAUGGUUUCCUCAGGGGGAGCAAAAGAGGAGAAAGAUGAGAAGUCUGACACGGACAACGCGGAAGAGGAUGAAGAUGUUCCCCCCGUGUCGGUCUUCAGAGUGAUGCGUCUCAACAUUUCCGAGUGGCCUUACAUUCUGGUGGGGACCAUUUCUGCCAUCAUCAAUGGAGCAAUACAGCCUCUGUUCGCUGUGCUCUUUUCCAAGAUCAUCACCGUGUUUGCAAACCCAAAUCAAGAUUAUGUCAGAGAAAGAUCUGAAUUCUUUGCCCUCAUGUUUGUAGCUAUCGGAGCCGUAGCCUUCGUCACCAUGUUUCUACAGGGUUUCUGUUUCGGUAAAUCUGGAGAGGUUCUCACCCUGAAACUGCGACUUGAAGCUUUUAAGUCCAUGAUGAGACAGGAUCUCGGCUGGUAUGACCACCCCAAAAACAGCGUUGGUGCACUCACUACGAGACUGGCCACAGACGCAGCCCAAGUACAAGGGGCCGCAGGAGUACGCAUGGCUUCAUUCGGACAGAACUUUGCCAACAUGGGCACUGGUAUAAUAUUAUCCCUGGUGUAUGGCUGGGAGCUGACCUUACUCCUCCUGGCUGUGGUGCCCUUUAUAGCUGUGGCUGGAGCUGUGGAGAUGAAGAUGCUCACCGGACACGCUGCCGAAGACAAGAAGGAGCUGGAGAAAGCUGGAAAGAUUGCCACAGAAGCCAUCGAGAACAUCCGCACCGUUGCAUCUCUCACAAGAGAAGUCAAGUUUGAGGAUUUGUAUCAGGAAAACCUCAGAGUGCCUUACAAGAACUCCGUGAAAAAGGCCCAUGUGUACGGUAUAACCUUCUCCUUCACCCAGGCCAUGAUCUACUUCGCUUAUGCAGCUUGUUUCCGCUUUGGAGCGUGGCUCAUCACGUCAGGAAGGAUGGAUGCUGAAGGAGUAUUCCUUGUGAUUUCGGCUGUUCUGUUCGGUGCCAUGGCUGUCGGGGAGGCCAACUCCUUUGCUCCGAACUAUGCUAAGGCUAAACUGUCCGCCUCCCACCUCAUGAUGUUGCUCAACAAAGUUCCUGCCAUCGAUAAUCUUUCAAAGGAGGGAGAAACCCCAGACAGAUUUGAUGGUAACGUGACCUUCGAGGGUGUCAAGUUCAACUACCCUUCACGUCCUGAUGUGCCGAUUCUGCAAGGGCUGAAUCUGAACGUGAAGAAGGGGGAGACUCUGGCCUUAGUGGGGAGCAGCGGCUGUGGAAAGAGCACCACCAUCCAGCUGCUGGAGAGGUUCUACGACCCCUUAGACGGGAGUGUGAUGCUGGAUAAUAUGAAUGCCAAACAACUGAACAUCCACUGGCUGAGAUCCCAGAUAGGCAUCGUAUCCCAGGAGCCCGUGCUGUUCGACUGCACCUUGGCAGAAAACAUUGCGUAUGGAGAUAACAGCCGCACUGUGACCAUGGAGGAGAUAGUGGCAGCUGCCAAAGCAGCAAACAUUCACAGCUUCAUUGAAAACCUGCCACAGCAGUACAACACCCAGGCAGGUGAUAAAGGGACUCAGCUGUCAGGUGGUCAGAAGCAGCGAAUAGCCAUAGCCAGGGCCAUCCUCCGCAACCCCAAACUACUGCUGCUGGAUGAGGCCACCUCUGCACUUGAUACUGAGAGCGAGAAGGUGGUGCAGGAGGCCCUGGACCAGGCCAGCAAGGGCAGGACGUGUAUCAUUGUGGCCCACCGUCUGUCCACCAUCCAAAACGCAGACCGCAUCGUGGUCUUCCAGGGAGGAGUAGUGGUGGAACAGGGGACACAUCAACAGCUGCUGGCAAAGAAGGGAGUCUACCACAUGCUGGUCACCACGCAGAUGGGCCAUGGGCGGGAAUGAGAAUACAGGGGAAGCAUCUUACAAUCAUUUGUUUGUAAUCAUUUUGUUCAAGGAGGAUUAAACACUGACUAUGUCCUGUUGGUGAAGGCACUUGGUUAUAAAGUCUGUGCUUUUGUUGACAGCAGUCGCUUUCAUGCAUCGUUUUCAAUAAAGCUGUUUUGGUAAGUGACAGUAGGAAUGCUGCAGGUGUAAGCGGUAAAACUGAUCACUGAACUGAACAUGCAUGUUGGUUUACUCUAGUUGAUCUCCUCCACUUUGAUGGGAGACAUUUUGACUGGUCACAGUAGGGGAAGUGCUUUCAAGAUGUCUGAAUUCCACUUAGGAGGAGAUCCUGCUUUUAUGCUGUUUUAUGGCAACACUUAAUGGAACUGAUCUGUAUUGUGUCGAGUCAAAAUGGCUUACAUUUCAGUUUGCCUUCUGCUUCUGUCUCUAAUUCUUGGCACCUCCUACCUCAGUCAGCCUCACCUCCUGGGGAGUCUGUAAAAGCGGAUUUCCUCCCAAGAUUUCUGCCUCCUGAAAGACUGGAGACUUUCAGGCACUGAACUCUGUUUGGUUUGACUGUGUUGGGUUCAUAUGUUGUUCAAGGCACUUACACACUUAUGCUUGGCGUAACGAAUGAUGGGUGUUAAUUAAGUUGUCACUGUGGAGAUUGUCUUCAUUUGUUAUGGCCGGUCCUUGUUUUAUGUUGGAGCUACUUGAUGCUAACCUAGUUGCUGAUUUCUAAUGCAAAAUUUCUGUGAACUACUGUACAUUGAGCUAAACUAAUGAUGCACUGGAUCUAUUACUUUCAAUUACGCCUUAAACACUGGAAUCAUUGUGUUCUGUAGGAAAUGCAUUUGGACAAACUCUUAGAAUAUUUACAAUGUCUGAGCUAAUAAUGGAGCAGAAGCAGUUUAACCCUGUGAAAUACUACGUUCUGAACACUGAGCUGCUCAAAUGUGAAUUGUCAUUCACAAAGUUGUGCUGCAUUCACCAAGAAUAUUAUUCUGUUUCUAAAGUCACUGAUAUUUUUGGAGUUAUGGUCAUAUGUAACUAUUAAAAGAUUUGUAUUCAAACUGAA